AUGCCAUCAGUUUUUCACCUUCAACGGGUCAUAUUUUUGAAUGUUUUUAAAACCUUCGCCAACCGCUCGAUAUCACGACAAAUAACACAAUUUGUCGUCAAAAGUUCGAAGAAAAAUUCGAAUUUGAAAAAAUUUAUAGCUGGGAAAAGCUUAGCUUUAGCUGGAUUGACAAUAAGGUAAGUUUAAGAAUUUUGAGGGCGCUUUAAUAUGUAAAAACUAUUUUCAAUACUUUAAAAAUAUCUUAAAGUUGUUAAAGCUUGUUGUUCAAGGUAUGCAGAAUGCCGUUCCAAAUCAACAUCCACGCUGCGAAGCGAAUCAAGACGCUUACCGGCUCCAGAAGUCUCAUGGAACGACUUAUCUCGGCUUAUUAAACCGUAUCUCCAUUGGCUUUUGACUGCUGUGGCGGUAAGGAUUUAAAUCGAUGAAAACAUUUUAGAGAAUAAAGAAUUGCAAAAACUUUCUUUACAAAACAAAAAAUUGCAAAAAUUUUCUUUACAAAACAAAACAUUGCAAAAACUUUAUUUACAAAACAAAAAAUUGGAUAAACUUUCCUCAAAAUCAGUUUAGGCCGCCAUACUUGUCGCCAUCCUGAAUGUCCGCAUCCCACUACAGCUUGGCGACCUUGUGAACGCUAUAAGUCACUUUCUCAACAACAAAAACCAAGAACAAUUUGGGGAAAUCAACCAAGCUGCCAUAAACUUAUUGACCUCAUACGUCGGCCAAGCUCUCUUCACUUUUGGCUACAUUUCAUUUCUGUCGAUUAUGGGCGAGAAAAUGGCUGCCGACUUGAGGAUUCGACUGUUUCAUCAUCUUCUUCAAAUGCCAAUGUCGUUUUAUGACAAGAGAAAGGUUUCCGAUCUAAGUGAACGACUAAACUUUGAUGUACAAGAGUUUAAAAGCUGUUUUAAACUUUGUGUAUCACAGGGAUUGAGGACAGCUACACAGGUGAGGCGUUUUGUAUGAUCAAACAUUUCUGGGGACAUUUUAUACGAUAAAAAUUUUUCUGUUAACAUUUUAUACGAUGAGAAGUGUAAUAAUAAUAUCUAAGAAUAAUAUAUCUAAAAUAAAUUUUUCAGAUUGGUGGCUGCUUAGUAUCACUAUACUUAAUAUCACCUACACUAACAAUGGCCACAGCUGGAUUAUUGCCAAUUGUCAUUUUGGUCGGCACGGCUUGGGGCUCAGCGUUAAGACAUUUGAGUAACAAAUCGCAGCAACAAACCUCAAUGGCUAACGCGUUGGCCGAUGAAGCCUUGUACAAUAUUCGAACUGUCAAAAGCUUUAACAUGGAAGAAUAUGAAACUGAGUGGGUUUUUUGGAAAGGACAUUGUUUACACAACGUGAUCUAAAAAACAACCAUAACAUCAUUUUCAGACUAUACGAAGCCGAACUCCGCAAAGCCGAGCAUCUGAAUAUUGCCCUAGGGCAUGGAAUUGGCGCUUUUCAAGCAGCUUCGAAUAUUUUCCUGAACGGAGUGGUACUAGGUGUACUAUAUGGUGGUACCAAACUAAUGUUAACAACGUCGGACCUAUCAGCUGGUGAUUUGAUGUCAUUUUUGGUGGCAGCACAGACAAUUCAAAAAAGUUUGACACAAUUGUCAAUUGUUUUUGGAUCAGCCAUCAAGGGCUUCCAAAGUUUAGGGCGCAGCUUGGAGGUAGGAUUUUUUGUUUUAUUUUAUAGGCUUACGUACGUUUUUUAGGUUUAGGUCCGUCAUUUAGAUUUAUGUUAGCUUAGGUAGGAUUGCGCAAUAUUGUGUUUAGGCUUACGCACACAUUUUUGGCUUAUUUUAUUUGCUUUAGGCUUACGUAACAUUUCUUAGGUUUAAGCACACAUUUUAGGCUUACGCAAAAUUUCUUAGACUUACGCACACAUUUUAGGCUUACGCAACCUUUCUUAGGCUUAGUUACGCAUUUUAGGCUUACGUAACAUUUCUUAGGCUUAGUUACACAUUUUAGGUUUAUAAUGAAUUUGAUAUUAGCAUGUUUUAAUGAUUUUAAUAUCUAAAUCAACUACUUUUGCUAAUUUCUAUUUAUUUUAGUACCUAAAAGUGAAUCCCGAACGAUCGACCGGUCAAAAGCGAAUCCCAUUCCACUCACUAUCAGGUGAUGUUAUUCUCAACGAUGUCAGUUUUAGCUACGAAAGUCGGCCGGACGUGAAAGUUCUUAAAAACUUGAGUUUGCAAAUUCCGCCAGCUCAAACAACUGCGCUAUGUGGACCAUCUGGGUCCGGCAAAUCGACCAUUACUGCUCUACUGCUGAACUUGUACAAACCUACGGAGGGUAAUAUCUUCUUGGAUGGAAAGGAUUACCGAGAGCUGAGCGAUGAGUGGAUUAGGAGCAGUGCUAUUGGCAUUAUUAGUCAGGUAAGGAAAAAAUACGAAGUUUAGGUAAUAAUUAUUAAAAAUUCCAGGAACCCACCCUCUUUUCCACGACAAUCGAAGAAAACAUCCGUUACGGCCGCCCAUCGGCCACCAUGGAAGAGAUACGCGAAGCGGCUCGCCUCGCCAACGCUGACGAUUUCAUCAGCAACUUCCCAGAUGGAUAUCAAACACGAGUCGGUGAACGUGGUGCACAAUUAAGUGGUGGACAAAAACAACGAAUUGCCAUAGCCAGGGCUUUACUCAAAAACCCACCUAUUUUGAUAUUGGAUGAAGCUACAAGCGCAUUGGACAACGAAUCCGAAGCCUUGGUCCAGGAUGCUUUAUCAAAAGCCAUGGCGAACAGAACAGUACUGGUUAUAGCACAUCGGUUGAGUACCAUUCGAAAUGCUGAUAAGAUUUGUGUUUUGAAGGAUGGAAAACUGCUGGAGGUAAGAGUUGAAGUCGGAAUUUGAAAUGUACUUUAAUGUAAUGUACUUGCUUACUAUUAGGUGCCGACAUAAAGAACCCGCCAUUUUUUACAGGAAAUUACAGGCAAAGUAUGGCGGGUUCUUUAUGUCGGCACCUAAUAGCACACUACAUUAAAUAUACUUUUAAGCUAUAAUAUGUUUUUUAGGAAGGCACACACUCCGAACUGAUAAAACAACGUGGUGCUUACUAUCGACUGGUCGAAUCAUCGAAAAACAAAAAUGGAGUUGUUUGA